UGGGAGCGUGCGCGCGCCCCCAGAAGCUGGGAAGAGCUCGCGGGGCGAGGGGAUCAGCCUCAGCUGGGCCGGGGCGUCGAGGGUCCGGGCUCCUCUUGCGAAGGCCACGUGGCUAGGGGGCGUGGCGGGCCCAGAGGGAGCCUCCGAGCGUGCUCUCCAGCCCCGCCGCCGCCGCCGCAGCGCCUUUCUCUCCUCUCGUGGAGUCAGCGGCCAGGAGCCUCCCCGACAUGUGCCUCAACACGGUCUUCUUGGCCGUCGCCGGGGCGUGAGCGUCGCUGCUUCGUGCUGCUCCUGCUGCUGCGUUCUCCGUGCUUGAAUCUCAGGCUCCGUUGCGGUGUGUGCAGGGUUAUAGGAAAAACAGGAUGAAGGAGGUGGUGUCAAAUAACAGCACGACAAGUAUAUCUCAAGCAAGAAAAGCAGUGGAACAACUAAAAAUGGAGGCCUACUUGGACAGGAUAAAGGUAUCCAAGGCUGCUGCUGAUUUGUUGGCAUACUGUGAUGCCCAUAUGGGAGAAGAUCCACUUAUUAUACCAGUGCCUGCAUCUGAAAAUCCCUUCAGGGAGAAGAAGCUGUUGUGUACUAUUCUUUGAAUUCCCUUAAAAUUAAAAAAAAAAAUGUCCUUUGUGAAAAUGUUACUGAUGGUGCAUGCUUUUCCUGAAGACCUCAUCUGGGUUACACAAUAAUUUAGUUCAGUAGUGACUUUCUAAGAAAACAGUACCAUUUGAGGCUACUGUAAGUAUUUUACAUGAAUGUCUAAGAUAAUGUAAACUUUUCUAUCAAUUCUCUAUAGUAAAUAUUUCUGUUGUUGUUAGUUAUUUUGUAAUGAAGGAACUCUUAUUUUGUCUCAGAUGUAUGACAGUUUGCCAGUUAGCCACUUCUAUGUGUGUAUGUCUAUGAGAGAAAUAGUUAUCGAGAUGAGCAAUACCAACUCUCAGUUUUUUUAAAAAAAAUAUGUUUCUUUUAGUUUAAGAAAAGCAACUUCAGCGAGUAGUGUUGUGCUUGGGGAUACCAAUGAAAAUACUGGAGCUUUUCAGAAUCUAGGUUUACCUCUCCAUUUUAGGGAUUAAUCUGCUAGAUUGCUCAACCUUUGUUUCUGACUGCAUCAAAAGCAAUUCUAGAUGAUGAACACAACAAAAAACUGCAAGACACACUAAGACUGUGCAGAUCUUAAUCCAUAAAUCAGAAUGACAUCCUAGAAGAUUAGCAGGGUCAGUAUGUAUAGCAAGUACAAUGGACGAAUUGGACUUCCACACAUUUAAGUAGCAGUUUUUACAGGUACUUAUGCUUCCAGUUUAGCAUUAUAAAACAUGAACCCAGCAGUGCAGGUAGGUAUCACCUGGACAUGCCUUUAAUAAUUGGUUUUACCCUAGGUUGGUCACUGCAUGCUGUUGUUACAGUUCUGCAUGCAUUAUGUAAUUGUGUUUUCUAUGUCACUGCCUUAUGUUACCUUUUAUCCUUAAACAUUUCCUUAUGUCCUCUAAAUAAAGGCAAAAGGAUUAAUGUGAUUUUCCCUUUUGGACAACCACCUUUAACUUGCCUCGUGCUAUGUGCUCAACAGUGUUACUGUGUGACCUAAGUCGUCUUC